AUGCAGUACGCCCCGUAUGCGUCCGACAUCGAGCUGCCAUUCUACACGGCGCUCGCCUCACACAAGAUCAACCAUGAUAAACUAGAUGAUUCCGCCCGCCAGGUGCUGGGUUUGUACGAGAUUCGCUCUACCGAUGCAGACAACGCAAGCUGUCGCGUUCAGAUUCAUGGUAACGCUCUUGUGAAUACCGAAGCUCCGGCAGGCUACUACCGCGCGGAAGGCAUGAUCAGAAACGUGAACACAAUUGAAGAUUACCGAAAUAUGGAUAAGUCUCAGAUGCUGAAUCAAGCUGGGAAGACGAUCUGGGACGCGAUUCGUGACGGCACGAUCUUCUCUUGUCCAUCUCUACUAUCUUCCUUCAUCAUCCUGUCCUUUGCCGACCUCAAAAAAUACAGGUUUUAUUACUGGUUCGCUUUCCCCGCCAUUCACUCUGAUCCAUCGUGGGUACCCGCUGGGUCACAAGCUGGAGAACUCGAUGGCGCUGGCACAUCCUUAGGCAAACACUUGUCUAUUGAAGACAGCACUAGUCUCGUUGAAACUGUGCAGACAUGGAGUUACGGGGUCGACAGUCGACAGAGGGGAUUUUUUCUUGCCUGCAAAGUACGUUCAGACACGGGCACCUCUGGCGACGUGUCCUGGCGCGUGGCUGCGCUGGCCGAGUACGAAAACGGAUUCUUCAAGGACGCACCUUUGGACGAUCAAUAUGUGUGCUUUGCCGAUCCUUCAAAUUAUGAAAACGCCCCUGGAUGGAUGCUCCGCAAUCUCUUGGUUCUCGUAAAGCAGCGUUGGGGACUCAACCGCGUGCAGAUCCUACGAUAUCGUGAUGUUCAUUCAAAGCGUGAUCAGGGUCGAAGCAUGGUGUUUUGCCUAGAGACGAAGGCUGAAGAUUCAGCGAGCUCAAAUUAUCCGUCCAGGCAACAACAGGUGCAGAUGCCCAAGAUCACAGGAUGGGAACGUAAUCCGGCUGGGAAAUUGGCAGGAAGAAUAGUCAAUCUGAACGAAUAUAUGGAUCCCGCAAGGUUAGCAGAUCAAUCAGUCGAUCUCAAUCUCAAACUCAUGAAAUGGCGCAUCAGCCCAUCACUGAACCUUGAGAAGAUCAAGUAUACCAAAUGCUUAUUGCUCGGCGCUGGGACAUUGGGCAGCUACGUUGCCCGGAACUUGCUGGGCUGGGGCGUGAGGAAGAUUACUUUCGUAGACAAGGGCACAGUAUCAUUUUCCAACCCGGUUCGCCAACCCCUGUUCACAUUCAAUGACUGCCUCAAUGGAGGUGCGCCAAAAGCACUCCGAGCAUCAGAAGCCUUGAAGGAAAUCUACCCCGGCGUCGACACAUCCGGCCAUCAGCUUUCGAUUCCCAUGGCGGGUCAUCCGAUCAUAGAUGAGGAGGUGACGCGUUCCGAAUUUGAAGCACUACAAAAAUUGAUUGACGAACACGAUGCAAUCUUCUUGUUGAUGGAUACCCGGGAAUCACGAUGGCUUCCUACAGUCAUGGGCAAAGCGGCGGGAAAGGUUGUGAUGAAUGCGGCUUUAGGCUUCGAUUCAUUCGUUGUGAUGCGUCAUGGAGUUUCUGAAUCGGCGAAUGCAGAUGCAGGUUUAGGGUGCUACUUCUGUAAUGAUGUCGUAGCACCUGCCAACUCUAUCAAAGAUCAAACGCUGGACCAACAAUGUACAGUGACUCGCCCCGGAGUCGCCGCAAUCGCGUCCGCGCUCUUGGUUGAAUUGCUCGUCUCGAUUCUUCAACAUCCCCAAGGUGCUGCAGCGCCGGCUCCCGCGACUCGAAGCGGUGACCGCGGUGACCAUCCAUUGGGACUCAUACCGCAUCAAAUCCGAGGAUACCUCGCCAGCUUCGAAAAUCUCACCGUGACGGGUAAGAAUUAUUCAUGCUGCAGCGCGUGCUCGGACAAGGUGGUCGACACUUAUCGCGAGCUUGGCUGGGACAUGGUGAAGAGAGCUCUUAAUGAGCGCGGCUAUGUGGAAGAGCUGAGCGGGCUGCGAGAGGUUCAAGAGAAAGCCGAAGCGGCGUUGGCCGAUGUAGAGUGGGACGAAGGAUCGGAGAACGACGAUGCUGAAUUUGUGUAG